AAAAAGUACAUUCAUUCCAACUGUUGACAAGCCCCGCAACGCCUUCCCGCCCAGCAUCAGCCCAACUAACCAUGAAACCACCAAAUCCACACAACCCCAAGCGCAACGAAACCUUCCAUCCCGCACACAUACCCAUAGACCCCAAUGCAACACUCCACCCAGUACCAAGUCGCAUAACCGGCCCCCUUCCCUUCCUAAACCCCACAAAAGCCCACUACCACCUCCACUCCCACCCAAACAUCCGCUUCAAAUGGACCUCGCGCAACGACCGCAAAGGCCGACACGCCCUCUCCGUAAGCCAACCCCACACUUCCGACACCACAGGGAGCAGCAGCAACACCACCACUCCGCGCCCCACCUCCUCCGCCCACCCCAUUCUAGCCAACAUGUGGAAGAUGGCGACUUACUACCCCAUCUGGGAUUUAUCGUUCCUCAUCGCAUACAUAUUCACGCUCGGCAGCAUUCUCUGGAUCCUCAAUGCUUUCUUCGUCUUUUUACCUUUGGUGCGACCGGAGACGGGGUUUGCGGGUGAGAGCUUGUAUGGCGGGGGGAUAACGGCGUUUAUCGGGGCUACGGUGUUUGAGGUGGGUUCCGUGCUGUUGCUUGUUGAGGCGGUGAAUCAAGGACGGUCUGGGUGUUUUGGCUGGGCUGUUGAGAGGGUGUUGGAGGGGGACGAGGGCGCGGGGGUGAGGGUGGAGAAGGGGGCGUGCUUGCAUGCGCAUAGGAGAAAGGAGCAGUGCGGGGAGGUGGAGAAGGCGGAGGGAAGGAAGUGGGUUUGGUGGCCGGCGAGGGAAGAGUUGCGGAGGCAUUAUGUUCAUAAUCUAGGGUUUUUGGCGUCGCUGGCGCAGUUUGCGGGCGCGACGAUUUUUUGGGUUGCCGGGUUUACGGCGCUGCCGGGGAUUUAUGAUAGGAUGUCAAAGCCGGUUACGAUUGUUUUUUACUGGACGCCGCAGGUUGUAGGUGGUUUGGGGUUUAUCAUCUCUGGGUUUCUGUUUAUGAUCGAAACGCAACCUACAUGGUGGAAACCAGCGCCUCGGACACUCGGCUGGUGGAUUGGGGCGUUGAAUCUGAUUGGAGGUGUGGGGUUCACGUUGUGUCCGGCGUUUGGAUAUGAUAGCAGUAGUUGGGCGCAGUAUCAGGCGUGUCUGAGUACCUUUUGGGGUAGUUGGGCGUUCCUGAUUGGGAGUACACUGCAGUGGUAUGAGAGUCUUGAGAAGUUUCCGGUGGAGAUUAGUAAAGCAGCGCGUUAGUAGAGAUUUUGUGUUGAAUAUAUGUGUAAA